CGCGAUAAGGUUCCAACAUUGGUCUGUCGUCGUCGGUGUCGUCUGGUGUGGCUGCGGUUGCUUGGUUGCACAGGAGGUGUGCGAGUCUUCCAUUUUGGCGGUAGUGAACAGGAAAAUAGCAACUGAACACGGAACUGAACGCACACGCGGAAAAGGAGAAGCGAAAUGUCCUACUACUCAUCCUCCCGGAGUUCCUCCCGGAACCUGGAGUGCAAAGUCUACGUCGGGGACUUGGGGAAUGGAGCAGCCAAGGGAGAGCUGGAGCGGGCGUUCAGCUACUAUGGACCUCUACGCACCGUGUGGGUGGCAAGAAACCCUCCAGGCUUCGCAUUUGUGGAAUAUGAAGACGCCCGGGAUGCAGAAGAUGCCGUGAAGGGAAUGGAUGGAAAAGUUCUCUGUGGGUCACGCAUACGUGUGGAAUUGUCAACCGGUCUGUCUCGGAAGUCUCGUUAUGGCCGGCCCGGACGGCGCUCGUUUGAUCCGAAUGAUCGAUGCUACCAGUGCGGGGACCGUGGACACUACGCAUAUGACUGCUACAGGUACAGCAAGAGGGGUGGCAGUCGACGCAGCAGGUCUCGGGAGAGAUCCAGGUCCCGUUCAAGGUCCAGGGACAGGGACAGGGGACGAAGGUAUCGCUCACGAUCUCGCAGCCGCAGCGGUGAAAGGAGGUACCGCUCCCCGUCUUACUCCAGACGCCGUAGCAGGUCUGGCUCUCCUGCACGGUCCAAGUCUAGGAGUCCUGUGCGCAGGGGUAGGUCGCGGCCGUCGCGCUCUCACUCGCGCUCUGCGUCACGUCCUCGUGGCCGUUCACCGUCUCGUUCCCGAUCCAGGUCUCGUACUCCCAGUGCUAAGAGAGAGAGAAACAGAGUGUGGGAGUCGACGACGGCUCAAGCACUGACCAGGGUUCAUCCUUGCUGUGUAAAACGUCCUUCGGGAGGGUGAGAAAAAUGCCCUGAGAAUCAGCUCUCCUCCUUCGCCCCAUCGUGGUCUCAUGAGAUCGUCCAACCGACGCAUGUUCUGACUCCAGACGCAAUCUGCACCACAAACAACACGCACACAGUUGUUGCACCCGCACCCGCACCCCACCCCCUCAUCCCACCUCCCAGAAAUCUAUGCCCCACUACAGCCAACUACCGCAUCUACUACUACUACUGCGAACCAAAGCUACGCAGAGAGCUACAGAAAGAGAGAGAGUGUCAGUCAACCACUAAUGACCCCCCCGACCCCCCCACACCGCUUCAAAUCUGCAGCCCUGUGAAUGCUUAGCUUGUGUGUGAGAGAAAGAGGGAAAACAGAGCUGACGAGAGAGAUCAGACUUCAAGACCUUCCGAGUGUGUCUUCAAGUUCUAGCAUCCGUCGCGUCUGUGUACAUGUUGUUUCUGCCACUGUCUUCAAAG